AUGAUCCCAUAUCUUCAUCUAGCUAACAAAAUAGUAGCUGAGAAAGGUCAUAAGGUAACUUUCUUGAUUCCCAAGAAAGCUCAGAAACAACUCGAACCUCUCAAUCGGUUCCCAAACAGCAUUCUCUUCGACACCACCGUUACUCUUCCUCAUGUCGAUGGUCUCCCUGAUGGCGCAGAGACAACCUCAGAUGUCCCUAAAGCAUCUAAGAGACUCCUGUUUGAUGCCAUGGAUCUUUUGCGCGAUGAGGUUCAAGUUAAGGUUCGUGCUUUGAAACCAGACCUAAUCUUCUUCGAUUUUGUUGAUUGGGUUCCAGAAAUGGCAAAAGAAUUAGGAGUCAAGAGUGUGAGUUACCAGAUCGUAUCCGCAUCUUGUAUAGCUAUGUUUCUUGCACCUGGUGCUGAAUUAGGGCGUCCUCCGCCGGGUUAUCCUUCAUCGAAACUGGCGUUACGUGGACACGACGCUAACCUCUGUUCUCUCGCUUCACUAAUCGCUCCCAAUUUCUUUUUGACCGUGUCACCACGGGCCUUAAGAACUGCGACAUUUUCGCCGUAA